AUGCGGUCGCUCAGUUCAGUUCAGGCCACUACCAACAUCCCGGCGACCUUGUCCGCGUCCUUCCUCGUGAAGUUGGGAGGCCGAGAGAUUGACCUGGGGCAGCUCGGGUCUGUGGCGGCGGGUAUGCAGUAUGCAGGGUCGUUCCUAUUCAGCGACGAUUGCCACACCGCCAAGCUGGUGUUUGACGGCUUGAAAAUCAUGGCUAGCCAGGCACUGGACCUAACAGUGAAGUUGCCAGACUCAAAGCUGAUGAAUGAAGAGGAUGCAGGGAUACGGGGAGAGGGGAGUCAAACAAAAUCGUCACAUCAGUUUUACACCCAGCUGGCUGAGCAAGUUUUUAGGUGUCCCUACCUGCAGGAAGAGCUGGCGGGGGUUAUUCGCGAUUUUGUGACUGCCCUCGAAACUGUCAACAUCGAGACAUGGAACACCAAGAAAGACGCUGCCGAGCAUAGGGCCAGAGUAGAGUGGCAACGUCGAUGCGGAAACCUUGACGGGAUGCUGGAUUUCAACGCCAUCUACACCAGGUUUUCGUACUGCCUCGAUGGCGUGCACACCUUGGAGGCCUUAGCAGCCGCUUACAACCAGGAGUACACGACACAAUUCCCCUGGUCAAAAAACGCAUGGAGAUUCCCAAGCUACCGGAUCCGUCCAGAGGAACCCAAGGAAGAAGAGCACCCGGACGUGUGUCAGAGCCACGAUCCUCGUAUGCGCGCUUUUUAG